AUGUUUCAGCUGGACCAAUAUUUUGAUGGGCUACCACAACGUAAGAAGAGCGCGCUUCUUGCCGAAUUUCUCAACUAUGAAGCAAAACCCAAACGUGUAGAACGGAACGCUGCUUCUGAAGAACAUAUGGUGGAAUACGAAGAAGAAGUGCUUGAGCCGGAUCCGCUAAAACCAGAGUGGUUAGCAUGGCAAACGCCAAGACAUAAAAAGUUGAUCAGUAAAAUGAUAACUGGAAAGGCUAACAGGUGGGAAGUGAUGAAUGAAGUCGGCGACCAAUUCUAUCACUUGAGAAAAGAAGUUCGUGAGCAGUACAAAGGGUGAGU